GGUUUGCAUAGGUGGAAAGAGCAUAACGAUCGAAGAUCAGAAUCGGUUUAUCCACCAGUUUGGUUGGGUUGGUAGUGGACUUAAAUUUAGAAUAUUUGGGAUUGAAUUUUGAAGAGAAUCGCAAUGCAGAUCCAAACAUGCCCUACGUAUGAAUACGAUGAAAACCUACCGAAUAGGCAAAUGAUGAUGAUGUCGUCUUUUGCAUCAACAUCUCCUCCAACACCAGUCUACAUUCAACAUCCUAUUUCCAAAUUGGACACUCUAGCUGGCAUUGCAAUCAAGUAUGGUGUUGAGGUUGCGGACAUAAGAAAGGUGAAUGGACUUGUGACUGAUAUGCAGAUGUUUGCUCUCAAGACCCUUCACAUUCCACUUAAUGGAAAGCACCCUCAGCCAAGUUCUACAGGUGAUGAGCAUAAACAUUGUUAUUCCUGCAGACAAGAUGACACAGAGAAUAGUCCAGCUGAUAAUACAAGCUACGAACUGUUUGAAUCAUUCCAGCCGCUGAGAAGGAAGUCCUCCGAGCAUAAGCUCUCCUCAGUCCGGCGCUCUUUGCCAGGUCAUUACGGAGCUAAACCCAAAAUGAAGAAAUGCGCAUCUGAAAUCUUUAGCAUGGUAGAGUACGAAAAAAGGUCUCUUAAAUAUUCAGAAAAUGGUUCGUUCUACAAAAACUCACCAAUGUCCGGCAAAACUCUUGGUCACCAUCGAAAUGCUCUUAGUUUGGCCACUGAUAGUCAUGAGAGGUCUGAUAUUAUGGCAGGUGUAGCACAUAGGAAAAGUAACCUUGAUAAAAGGAAUGCUACACUUAUCCGGAGGAAUCAUAAAUCUGAAGUUAAUCUUCAGCGUAUUCCAGAGUUGCUCUUGAAGCAGGAUAGUAGUAGCAAUGGUGGGUUUUCUACAAGAUCGGCUAAUGGCCUAGCUCAGAGGCAGAAAUCUUCUAGCCGAUUAUCGUUGUCAUCUUAUUCCAAACAGGUGGUUUAA